AUGGCUGAUGCUCAGAGUGGUUCAGACAAUGCGGACUUGUUGAAGCAGCCACUCCCUCAGAACAAUGGUUUGCAGGAAGACGAUACACAGGAUCAAAUUGGUUCGAAUAGCCCGAGUCCUUCUGGAAUUGCCACCCCACAGCCCGACCCGGCCGACAGACGUCUACCUUCCAUAAUGCACAGUUACUUCCAGGUUGGUAGUUCUUCUGCUGUCAUGCUCCGCUCCCUCAAGACACGGUUUUCCCUCUCCGAGCCUUCUUCCUCUUCCGCAGACAAUGUGCAAUCGCGUGCGCUUUCAGAUAGGGCACGCGAUGAGCAGUUACUUGGCCAUUCAUCCUCGUCAUCUGGAUCCUUUGUUAUGAUGGAGCAUGACGAGGCUCGAAUCAGCUCCCCCAAUGCUCUACCGGAAAAAAAGCUGGAGGCCCAAGACCCCUCGCUGGAGACUAUUCCUCCCGCGGCCCUUCCCACCCCUCCAUGUUCCUCGGCAUGUUCCCUGUUACAGAAAGAGUCGGAAGAAUCAGAAACGGGGCUGUCAAGUCCAGACAAGGGAAUGGGCUCUAUUUUCACCACCUUGAAGAAUUACCUCUCCCCCUCCGGAAGCAUGUCCUGCUCCGUCCCUCAAACACGUCGUCAUACCUCACUUCCCGUGUCGAGCGUCUCUGAUGAUCCCGUCCUUGCCUCUCAUUUCUCCAACCCUUCCCUCUCACAUACUUCGGAAGCAUUUUGUUUGGCAGAAGCACCCCUCCUCGACCAUGAGAAACCGCAUGUUUCCACGUCUUCAGAGAAUCUAUCGAAGCUAACUGGAAACGUGUCAAAUCCUUCGCAAUUAAAGAACACGCCCCCCCUUACACCUCGAGCCAUGUCCGACGACGGUUCCCAGCCCGACAAGAAGCAUCCCGCACCUCCUCCCCGCUCAUCGAAUCCCACUCAGACGCCGUCCGAUGAUAUGUCAACAUCCGCCGACGAGAUUGCGGGGAAGCUUAACGAGGUCUUCCCGUCUCCGAUGGAUACCUCUUCCCAGCCUACAGGACCUUCAUUGGCACCUAUGAAAGGGAAACUAUACGUCAAAAUAUCAGAAGCCAAGGGACUCCGACCCGGAUUCGAUCCUUAUGUGGUUUGUGUCUUUGAAUGGAACGAGUGCAUCUCAAAGAGCGUUCAGGACGAGGAGCAAGAGUCCAUAAAACGGCAGCAGAAGGAGCAAAAUCACCGGGACCAGUUAGAUCUUGAUGCCGGUCGACCAAUGGCUAUUCCCAUGAAAAGCCGACAGAGCAGCCACAACAGUGCACUUGAUCCCCCAUCAGAGCACAGAGGGCAAGCACCCGUGACUGAUCCGCACUGGAACCACGAGGCUGUCUUUGAUGUUUUUGGAGAUCAGUCCGAAGUCGAUGUUUCGGUAUACGACCGCAACAACUCCGAGGCUUUCAUGGGCCACGUCAGGCUCUGUGUGAAUCUCAAAGAAGACAACAGUCGUCUUGAAGGCUGGUUCCCGUUAGCGGCCCGCGCCGCAGGAGAUUCCCCGGUCUCUGGAGAGAUUCACAUGGAGAUGCGGUUUGAGAAGACAGAUAAGAAACAAGUCGGCCCAAACGAUUUCCAAAUCCUGAAGCUCAUCGGAAAAGGGACAUUUGGACAAGUCUAUCAGGUGAAGAAGAAGGACACGCGACGCAUUUACGCCAUGAAGGUCUUGUCUAAGAAAGUGAUCAUCCAGAAGAAGGAGGUCGCACACACGUUGGGAGAGCGUAAUAUUCUGGUCCGGACAGCCAUGGCAGCCUCGCCGUUCAUCGUUGGGCUCAAAUUUUCCUUCCAGACUCCCACAGAUCUUUACCUGGUUACGGAUUACAUGUCCGGCGGUGAACUGUUCUGGCAUCUUCAGAAAGAAGGACGCUUCCAAGAGCCUCGCGCCAAGUUCUACAUUGCAGAGUUGAUAUUGGCACUGCAGCACCUCCAUGACCAUGACAUUGUGUAUCGUGACCUCAAACCGGAGAACAUUUUGCUUGAUGCCAACGGCCAUAUUGCGCUUUGCGACUUUGGUUUGUCAAAGGCGAAUCUCACUCAGAAUGAUACGACGAAUACUUUCUGCGGAACUACCGAGUAUCUUGCUCCAGAGGUCCUGCUUGACGAGCAAGGGUAUACUAAGAUGGUGGACUUCUGGUCGCUGGGCGUGCUCGUAUUUGAGAUGUGCUGUGGCUGGAGUCCGUUCUAUGCGGAAGAUACACAGCAGAUGUACAAAAACAUCGCUUUUGGCAAAGUUCGGUUCCCUCGUGACGCUCUGAGUACGGAGGGAAGGAACUUUGUCAAAGGCCUGCUCAACCGGAAUCCUAAACACCGCCUCGGAGCAAAAGGUGAUGCGAAAGAGCUCAUGGCGCACCCCUUCUUCCACGAUAUUGACUGGGAAGCGCUGAGCCGAAAAGAAGUGAUUCCACCUUUCAAACCGAAACUCAAAUCCGACACCGACACCUCCAACUUCGACCCGGAGUUUACCAACGCCCUUGACAACAGUAGCUCGUUGAACGAUCGGGCUGCCGCCCUUGCCAAUGGGUUUAUGGCUGCAUCAACACCCUUGUCCCCAGGCAUGCAGGCCAACUUCAAAGGUUUUACGUUUGUCAAUGAGAGCUCGAUUGAUCACCAUUUCAAGAAUGAUACAGGGGAUCAUAUGGAUGAGGAUACUGAACCCUGGGGUCGAUCCCACCGGCCCGGAAACUCUGUGGAUCACCGCAUGACUGGUGUUCAGAAGACUGGGGAUGCAGGCGAGAUCUUUAAUGUUGACGACAAUUUUGACAUGUGA